AAACUAUUUUAAGGUUAGUUUAAUUGCGGUUGCCGUUCGUGGUGUUUGCGCUUGUUUGUAAUGGUUUUGUAGCAAUUUUCCGGGUAUAUUUACAAACACGAUGGCGGAUGAUGCGGAUAACGACGAUCAGUGGUUGUAUGGAGAUGCUCCGGACUUGCCAACGGAGGAAAGCGAUAAUCUCGGCGAACUAGACCCGAAUUCUGAGGAGAAGCUGCUCGAAGGAAGCGAUGAAGAACAGCAACCACAGGCCGAUGAGGAGUUACCUCCUGAUGAAAAUUCUCAGGACAACGCCGAAAUUGAAUCCGAUCAGCCUGCACCACCUGGUGAUGAUGAUGAGUUACCAGGUGAAGAAAAACAAAAUGGUGACAAGUCUGAGGAUGAUGAAGAGAAGGAAGAUGGUGACCAGAACGAAAAUGAAGAUGAUGAGGAUGAUGAUAGUGAUGAUGAUGAUAUCAAUGUUGUAAUUGGUGAUUUUAAAACUACUCCUACAUAUGCUCCUCCAAUGAAUAUUAAAAGAGGAGGUCUGAUAGCUACAGCUGGUGAUAAGAGCAAACUGCAGCAACCACAGACUGGCAAGUUCACUGUGGAUGAGUUUGAGCAGAUGGGAAUGAUUAAUGGAGUACCUGCUGGGGAGUUCAGUUUAGACACAAUUGAAGACAAGCCAUGGCGGAAGCCUGGUUCGGAUAUUACUGAUUAUUUUAAUUAUGGUUUCAAUGAGGAUACAUGGAAGGCUUACUGUGAACGACAAAAGAGGAUAAGAGUAUCCGAAUCAGGCGUGGGUAUGGUUCCGCUCAACUCAAUUGGCAUGCCGCGCGGGCCUUUGCCAAUUAUGAACGACAAUAGCAAAUAUUCAGGUGGAUUUACUGGCGUACGCAAGGCUGGACCGCCGCCAGGAAGGCGUAUGACGGGUGCGAUAGAUGUGAUUGGCGGUGGGGGCGGGCCACCACCCGGCAAGAUGGACACACAUCAACCAAAAGAAAAUGUCAUACAAGUUAUGACGGCUGAUCGAAGGGAGUACAGCCGCAAACCGCCCGGCUUUCCGGAUCUUUCUAUGCCUCCGCCAGCUACCUUCGAAGAGUACCAGCCCGAGUUUGGUUUUAAUCCGGAACCGGAACCUUUCUACGGCGGUUAUGAACCCACACAGGAUGUACAGUGGGCUCCUUCAACAAAUUCGUGGGCGCCGAAUCAGAUAAAACCGUUAACGCCUGGUCAUCCUCAUGGGCCGCCACCGGGCGUACCACCAGUCAACCAACCUCCUCCAAAUCUACCGCCUGGUAUGGUCCGGCCCGGCAGUCAUGACCGUGAACGCGGUGGUAAUAAUGAUCGUGAACGAGCCGAGCGCAUUGAACGCCCUGAACGCGAUGACGGUUCACCUGCAGUGCGCGACGGUCAACGAGAGCGCGAUACCGAGAGUCGUGCGCGAUCUGAAAAACCAAAGGAUCGUGAACGAGAGCGAUCGCAUCGCCGUGAGCGGUCACGUAGUCGCAGCCGGCGACAUAAGUCGAGAUCACGCAGUCCGAGUCAUCGCAGUCAUCGGAAGAAAAAGUCGAGGAGGCACGAUGAUAGCGAGUAAUGUUUCAGGCAUAUUGAUAAACUUAUGUUAAUUUGAAUGAAGGUUUUUUAUAAUGUAUAAGGAAAAACUAAAACACUACGUUUACAUUAA